AUGGCUCAAAGCCGCGGCAUCAUCAACACAGUGCUGGAUCGCUCUAUUGGGUGGCUCUUUGGGCUACCUUCGGAACGAUGCGGCUACACCACCGAGACUGUUUCGAUCCCACUGAAGGAUGGCGUCAUCCUAGCAGCCGACCUGUAUAAGCCUGCCGGCAUGGAACCCCUCGGAACUAUUCUCGCCCAGUGUCCGUACGGUCGAGGUAUUUUCAUGGCCGCUGGAAACGCUCGCAUAUUUGCACCGCGGGGAUAUCAGAUUCUUCUUGUCAGCUGUCGCGGAACCUUCGGAUCGACUGGGGACUUCAACGGAGGCUUCUCGCAGCUUGAAGAUGGACAAGAAGUUGUCUCGUGGAUGCGUGAGCAGCCGUGGUAUACAGGGACUUUCGCUACUAUUGGUGCCUCGUUCAUGGGCUACGCGCAAUGGGCGCUUCUCCGUGAUCCUCCGAAAGACAUGGUCGCUGCCAUUAUCACCAUCGGUCCACACGAUUUCGCUGAAAGCAACUGGGGAACCGGGGCACUCAGACUGCAGCAGCGCCUCUCCUGGGCUGAUCUUAUCGUGCAUCAGGAAACGGCCACUAUGAGUGAUCGGUUAAAGAUGAUGGGAAAUACCAGGAUCGCUCCAAUGAUGAACGCAACGCCGUUGCAGGAACAUGUGGAUGCCUAUUUUGGCGACAAAGCUCCAUGGCUCACUCACUCGCUCACGCACCCGGACAUUACGGAUCCAAGCUGGGCAUCACAAAGACAUGCUGAGGCCCUUGAAAGGGCGGAUAUCCCAAUCUUGCUCAUCUCAGGUUGGCACGACGUCUUCCUAGAUCAGACCAUGCAUCAGUAUCAACGCUUGCACGGGCGAGGGUGCAACGUUGCGCUCAGCAUCGGCCCUGGAGCUCACAUGGAUGUCCAAAACGGCGACAGCAAUCGUGACACCUUGGACUGGCUCGAGAAAUAUCUUGCAGGCAAGGAGGGUGUCGAAAGGAAGUCACCGGUUAGAGUUUGUCUUGGAAGUCCUGGUCAGGGGUGGUUAGCGCUCCCGAGCUGGCCUCCACAAACUACACCUUCAGAGUUUUACUUGCACCUUGAUGGGGUUCUCGGACGUUCUGCACCUUCGGAGGAAGCAUAUUCCUCCUUCACUUUCAACCCCGAAGAUCCUACACCCACUGUUGGAGGACCUCUCCUGACUGGUGGCGGAAGCACCGACGACACAGCACUAGCGGCCCGAGACGACACCCUCGUGUUCACGACGAAAGCAUUGAAGAGGGAAGUGCUACUCCUGGGUCAACCAGUUGUCAAGCUGGAGCAUUCCACGGAUCGACCCUACGCCGACUUGUUUGUUCGUCUUAGCGAAGUAAACGCAAAAGGCAAGAGCCAUAACGUGACGGAAGCAUUCACACGGCUUCCAGUGGAGAGGGACAGUCGUUCAGUGACUAUUCCAAUGCGGCAUAUUGCUCACAAUUUCCCCAUAGGCUCGAUGAUUCGUCUUCUUAUUGCGGGAGGGUCUCAUCCCCAGUUUGCUCGUAACUAUGGAUCAGGAGAGCCACUCGCUACAGGGACAACCUUGAUUCCUGUGAAGCACACGGUCUAUCAUGGCACUCAAGGGAUCUCAUCUAUUGUUCUUCCAGUUGGCUGA